CGAUCGGGGUGAUCUCAAAUCAAUAGUCUAUCAUCGGAGGCCAGCUCGUCUCCCCACUCCUCCUCCGUCCACCAUGCGCCCACUCACAGAGGACGAGUCCAAGGCAGUGUUCACAAAGCUCUCCAACUUCAUCGGCAAAAAUCUUAUAUCGCUCAUUGACCGCAAAGAUGAACCAUACUGCUUCCGCCUGCACAAAGACCGCGUCUUCUACGUCCCAGAGUCCUCCAUGAAGCUUGCUGUCUCCGUCGCCCGCCCAAAUCUCGUCUCCCUUGGUACAUGCUUCGGCAAGUUCAGCAAGGGCGGCACCUUCAAGCUCCACGUAACCGCCCUCGACCACCUUGCACAGUACGCCAAGUACAAGGUCUGGAUAAAACCGAACGGCGAGAUGCCUUUCCUCUAUGGCAACCAUGUGUUGAAAGCGCACCUUGGGCGGAUAACGGAAGACACCCCAGAACACCAAGGGGUCGUCGUGUACAGCAUGAGCGACGUGCCAUUGGGAUUCGGCGUCACAGCGCGCUCAACGGUCGACACCCGCAAACUCGAUCCCACCGCCAUCAUCGUCUUCCAUCAAUCGGACGUCGGAGAGUACCUGCGGGACGAGGAGACCCUGUUCUAGCUACACCCUCAACAGCAUGCUACUCUUUCCUUGUCACCAGGCGCUCCUCGCACUGUCUGGGACCGUUCGUUCGUCAUCGCUUUCCUUCUGUGUCAAAUGCUGUUCAGGUCUAUCGUCGGUCGGUCGUGCUCUAUCUUACAAUCGUGGUAUUUUCUCUGUACAUGAAGAGUUUUUGCUAGGUGAAAUGGACUGGCUGUCUUGCCUUCUUCAGUGGGCAAUUAUCAUCCUCGUACGACUCCGGCCACCUCACUCAGCAACAGCAUCCUCGCCGUCAACGCCGGACACUUCCAAUUUUUCCUUGGGAUCGCGCCGUACCAG